ACGGAACUCAAGUUUAGUCCGCGCCUCGGGAUUCGACACGGCUCCUGGGUGUACGAGCCAGCAGCAGAAUAAACGCACGGAGAAAUCGUUCUCGACGGAGAGGAAAAAAAAAAAGAAGCAGGCGGCGCACACAGGUUCGUCCGUAGUGGUGUUACCGGCGGUUCUCUUUUCGGAUUACCGACAUUUGUUUCCCUCGCGAUGCUCUCAUUGUCGUCGUGUUUCGCCGUGCCGAUUCUCGACGGCGAUCGUUCGUAGAUCGUGUCGCUGCACUCGGGAGGUAAAACAAGGAAACACACAUAGUGACCACACGAAAGGAGGAGGUAUCGGUUCGCGGAGCUGUUUCGUUCGGUGAAUUUCGAGGGAAAAACACGGUUAGAGAAGGACAAACAGUGCGCGGUUGGUUACCGUGAGAAACAGAGACGGAGUAUAAAAGAGGCGGGCAGAGAGAGAGAGAGAGAGAGAGAGAGAGAGAGAGAGCGAGCGAGAGAGACAAAAAAACGGAAGAGAGUUACAUUAAACGUCGCGUACUAUGUGGGACGUCGCGUCGAGUGACAUCGUAGCCUGGAGACAAAAUGGGGCCCGUUGAUCGGGCCCGGAAGAUCUCAGGGGUCCGAUUAUCAACGGAGGUAUGGAUGUCAUCGGGGACGGGGACGAGCAAACCCUCCAGGCGAUACUCGGUCGGGGCGAUUUUGUCGGAGGCAUAGACAACGAGGCCCUGGACUUCUCGCAGUUGGAAGAUUUUAUCAACAGCGACAGCGAACAACCGGCCACAUAUUUCGCGGACACCCUUGCUCACAAUGAGAACGGGGGUGGAACGACGACGCACGGUGGUCGCGUGGAGGCGGCGGCCGCUCAACAACCACCGUCUCGAUUGCCAUCGCCGAUUACCCAAAGUCAUCCGGUCUCGAGUACGUGCACAUCCGGCACCACGACCGUGCCAAAUGGCGCCGCUUACAAGGAUCCGCAAUCGUACGUUCACCCACACGCGUUACCAGAAAGCCCACCAGACAGUGGCAGCGAACCGCCAUAUUCGCCGCCUGGUCACAACGACACUCAGCACGUACAUUCACCGCAUCAAAAGGUAGCUCUUCAGGAAAUGCUUCUUCAUCAUCAAGGUAAUCAGGCUAAUUACGCACCAAAUUUACUACCGUCCUCGCCGAGGACGUUAACAUCCUCCACCGAUCCGAUGUUACUGACGCAUUCGGUGCUGACGUCCCAUCUCGCGUCAGGAACACCGAAUAUUCCGUCGCAACAGCAACCGAUAGCUCAGACAUUAGUGCCUUUGCCGCACGAGCAUAGUCCCGGUAACAUUAACACGCUGUAUUCGUCGCUCCAAUCGGCGCCCAAGAAGAGAAAACUGAGCCAGGACGGUCUUGUCCAUGUGAAGCAGGUGCAACGAGAACCUGAACUAGGCACAGUGGAGCACAGUUGCAGCAGCAGUAGCGCGGUUCUCGAUGGAGACGAGGUGGCGGAUAACAGCUACAUCGACGCGAGUUACCAGUGCAUCCGGUUUCAUCCCUUUCAGCAGACUUCCUGGCAUGUUCUUUGCGACCACAAUCUGAAGGAACUUCCAGUGCCCCAUUAUCGUGUGGACGCGGAUAAGGGAUUCAAUUUCAGCAACUCGGACGACGCGUUUGUGUGCCAGAAGAAGAAUCAUUUUCAGAUUACCUGCCAUGCUCAGUUGCAAGGCGAGGCGAUAUUCGUGAGGACCGGCGAGGGUCUGAAGAAGAUAAGCAGCUUCCAGCUGCACUUCUACGGCGUGAAAGUUGAGUCUCCGACGCAAACGAUCAGAGUCGAACAGAGUCAGAGCGACAGGAGCAAGAAACCGUUCCAUCCAGUGACAGCUGCUUUUAGGGUGGAAUUAGGCGGCGAGCGUGUUACGAAGGUAACCGUUGGCCGUCUUCACUUCAGUGAAACGACCAGCAAUAAUAUGCGAAAGAAAGGGAAACCGAAUCCGGACCAACGAUAUUUCCACUUGGUUGUCGGUUUGCAUGCACACACUGCGGACCAGGCCAGCUAUCAGGUGGUAGCUCAUGCAUCCGAGAGAAUAAUCGUCAGGGCAAGUAAUCCCGGUCAGUUCGAGUCGGAAGGUAGUGGAGUAGGUGCAGAGGGUGGGUGGCAAAGGGGAGCAGCUCCAGACAGCGUUUACCAUGCUGGUCGAGUUGGAAUCAACACAGACAGGCCUGACGAAGCUCUGGUUGUUCACGGCAAUAUGAAGGUAACCGGCCACAUUGUUCAACCGAGUGACGCACGAGCGAAGCAGAACGUUCAGGAAGUCGACACGCGUGAACAACUACGAAACGUGCAGCAAUUAAGAGUUGUUCGGUAUAGAUACGCGCCAGAAUUUGCACAGCACUCUGGUCUGGGUAUUAAACAGCAAGAGGACACAGGUGUGAUAGCGCAGGAAGUGCAGCAGAUACUACCGGAAGCUGUGCUACCAGCGGGAGACAUAGUCCUACCAAAUGGCCAGAGGAUCGAGAAUUUCUUGGUGGUGAACAAGGAGAGGAUUUUCAUGGAGAAUGUCGGUGCUGUGAAGGAGCUGUGCAAGGUGACUGACAGUUUAGAGACUCGCAUAGACCAACUGGAGCGGAUAAACAAGCGCCUAGCGAAACUGAAGAGAGGCGACAGCCUCAAGAGUUCGAUUAGUACAAUCUCUAGUAUAUCAAGUAACAAAUACUCAUCCUCUAUCAAUAGCAAGACCACUGUACCAGGGAAAAGUAAGAAGAGUGAACGCGAGGACGAACUUCUGUGCAGCAACAAGUUCAUCCAGAUUAUCAUCGUCAUACUUAUCCUUAUCAUGGCGUUUUGCUUAGUGGCAAUGGCAACGUUAUACUUCUUAGAAUAUCAAAAACGAAGCAGUCUCGAAUGGUCUGCUGUGGCUAGUAAUGGAAUGUUAGCUAUAAGACCUGCUCAUCCUUCGACAGUGUCGAGUACACCGAACUACGAUCCACGGUAUAAUUCCUUAUUGGACAGUACACUAUCGUCUUCUUACACUAAACAUGGAUCACACAGCAGAGGUUUAGACAGUGGUCUGUCUGUGAAAAGUAACGCGUUCUCCACGCAAGCUCCUCACACGAAACAACAGCUCUAUUCUCAAGAGAUCACUUGGUAUCCCAUCAGUCAUUCUGGGGCACAGCCGAAACUCGAAAAGAAUAGCGAAUUUCCUGGAAAUUGGUUAAGUAGAAAUGGUGCAGGAGCCAUUCCCAGCAACGUAGACGAGAAUGAUCAAGGAUCAGAGGCGGAAUCGUCUCUGAACAAAGGUCCAAUUCCGCUGGGAAGACCGACGAAUUGUCCUCGACACUUCAGCGAGUUUGAAAAUCCGUGUCAGGUGUUCUGUUGCACGGCUAAGAUUCACCAGUUCGAAGAACCUCAACCUGAUCAUCCUCCGGAGAAGAAAUCAAUUUCAGAUCACAUAGAACAGCCAUUGAACGUGCACGAGGAGAAGCGUAAAAUAAGCAAAAGUUUCCAGAAUGGCAUCAGCCCGUCCGAUCCGAGCACUCAAACGCUCGUAAAAGAGGUAGUAGAAAAUAAUAAUUACAAGUACCUACACAAGAGAACACGGAGAGAAACAGGUGGUGGUGAUUGGGCGGAAGUCGCCAGCAACGCAGCAGGAUCUUUGCCACCAGAACCUAAGCCACAAUUGUGGAUUUUGGCGGAGAGCUUUAACACUUCGCUCGAUCAAAAGUAUUGCUCCGCGUCCUCGCAGGACACGCCUAAUAAUAUUACUUGCAUCAUUCCUCUUUCGAAGUACAUGCCAGACGUGCAUCUUACCUUACAGUUUGUUGGAAUGCCUUGGUACGGACAAGUAGUGCAACAGUGUUCCUCUCCAACGAGUCCUGGCGUCGACGAGUCCUUAAUGUGCGGACGAAAAUACACGAUGCAACAACAGGCUCAGUUGAAAAUCGAUAUCGAAAGUAACAAUCAACGAGGAGACCAGUCAUUUUCCCUCGACGUUGCUCAUUAUCUCAGGAGAGCAUUGAGGUUUCGUGUACCUACUGUACAGCCACAAGAGAAUAUAUGUAAGAAUAAACACGGUGUCGAUUAUUUCGAGUACACGUUGCAUUUCUAUCGAGACUGCGACGAAUGAUGAAUUUUCAUUAGAACGAUAACAAUCCACAGAGGACUUAACGUGAAGAUUUUACGUUUCUAUUUGAAAGAUUGUUGAGUAUUUCUACAG